UCAACCUUAUAACCUUGUGAGAGGGCGUAUGCCGCGAGCAUAGACGUAGACAAACUAUAAAAGUCCUUAAGCUGAGGCGUUAAGGACAAUGACCGACGCAGAUGCUAAAAUGGACGGGGCUGACGCCAAGGCUGAGCACAAGGUCUUCGUUGGUGGCAUCAGCUAUCGCAUGGACGAGGCUGGCCUGCGCGACUUGUUCGACAAGUACAACCCGGACAACGUUGUGAUCCAGCUUGAUAAGAUCACGCAGAAGCCGCGCGGCUUCGGCUUCGUGACCUUCAAGGACCGGGAGAGCAUGCUGGACGCUGUUCGCGACCUGCACAACAAGGACGUUGAUGGUCGUCCUAUCUCCGUGAAGGAGGCCAUUCCACAGGACCAGAUCAAGCCCGGGACGCCGGCCUCGGCGCUGGGGCGGAGCAGCGGGUAUGCGGCCCGCGACGGCGGCGGUCGCUACGGCGACCGGGCCGGCUAUGGCGACCGGUAUGGCGGUGGCCGUUAUGACUCCCGUGCUGGCGGUGGCGGCUAUGACCGCUACGGGGGUGGCGGCGCUUACCCAGACCGCGGGGGCUACGCUGGUGACCGCUAUGGUGGCGGCCACGGCGGUUACGGCGGCGACCCCCGCCAAUACGACUACGGGCGUGGCGGCUACGACCGCGGCGGCUAUGGCGGCGGCUACGGGGGCGGCGGCUACGAGCGGGACCCCUACUACCGGGACCCCUACGCCCGCGACCCCUACGCCGCGCCCGCCUACGACAGCCGGUACCCCGCGGGCGGCGGCUAUGACAGCCGCUAUCCCGCGGGCGGCGGCAGCGCAGCCUAUGACAGCCGGUACCCUGACUACCCGCCCGGCGACGACCGGUACGCCCGCGCCGGCGCCGGCGGCCCCGACCGCGGCGGCCGCUACCCCGCCGGCCCCGCGCGCGCGGCGCCGUACGGGCGCCCCGACGACCGCCGCGAUGUGCGCAGGUAACCACCGGCGGGUGUGUGUCGGGCCCAAGGAGGAGCGAGCGGCUGCGCGGCACGUGCGGGCGUGUGCGCGGGGGCGCACGCGCACGUGCAGAGCAGCGCCCGUGCGGCGUCAACGAAGCGACGUAAGUGGUGUCACGAUGACGCUCGCGCGGUACCGGGUACGCGAUGGUUUGUUGAAGAUGACAAUGGAUGGAGUUUGAGCUUGUCAGGAGCAGCGUAGUGCGCAGCGCAGCAUGGCAGGCGCCGGGAGGCAGUGGCAGCGAGGGAGCAACAGCGCAGCGGCAGCGCUUGGCAAGGCCAUCCAUGCGCAGACGCCAGCGCAGUGGUUUGGGGGCAGUGUCAGGGGCGGGUUGCUGACAGGACGGGGCUGAGCGGCGCAGGCAGGCAGGCAAGUGACGUGUUGGUCAGAUAAGAUAUGCAGCUAGCGAGGAGGCUGGCGCCCUUGGUUUUUCGGAGGCCGGAGGAGGCUCAGUACACCAGUGCCAGUUGGCCGACGUGUGUGGGGCAGCGUGUUGCAGCGUCUGAGCAUGCGUGCUUGAGCACAGAGCCUAGCCUUGCAGUAAUGAUGGGCAGUACGUAAGCGCGACAGCGCGGUAAUGUGUGCGGCGCCGCCGGCAGCAGAGGUGGACUGUAAACAACGUGGGCAGGACAGCCUCUUUCAAUUGAUAGCAUGGACACAGUGCAGCGAUGCACAGCGCUCGGCGCCACCCCGUGGCUUCAUCAGGUAAGUACCCCGAUCUCGGGCGGGAUUGCUGCUUCGCGGUCGGUUGUGUAUAGGUGGCUUCGGUGGUGCUCACAGCGGGUCGGAAAGGGCGUUACGCGGCAGCUUUGAUGUAACGGUGGUGAUAGCGAGGGUGGGGAGCAAAGGCAGGAGUCAAGCGGCGCACGCCAGCGUGUUUCGCAUACAAAAUGCAUGCGCGCGCGCAGGCUUGGCGUUGGACACCCCAGCCUGCUGGGCCCCCUAAUGUAAUUGAAUGCUUGA